AUGAAGGGCUCCCUUUUGACUUUAAUUCUAUUCCCUCUCUUACUUGCCAUCUCAGAGGUGAGGAGUAAGGAGUCUAUGAAACACUGUGGGCUAGUAAAAGCAGAUGUCUACAUCUGGGCUAGCUCCAGGUGGAGAAGGCACCCGGAAGGGACCCCUCAACGUCAGCAAGCUGAGUGAGGAAACGAGCUCCAGCUCCCAAAUGAGCCUGUUUCUGAGGAAGACGCAGCGCCAAGCCUCUCAAAGGUGGAUUCCUCAGGGAAGGAAAGUCUUCCAGAUGGACAGCUGCCCCCUGAAGGGCGUUGGGGCUCAAAGAAGCAUUGGGUGAUGUCGACACAAGACUCACAAAGAGUCAGCUGCCCUGCCUGUUGUUCCAUGCCUGAUUUGCCCGCUCUUUGUUAAGACCAGAGCUGAUACCCAACAAUGGUGGAGCUUUAGCACGUGUCAACAUGUUUUUACUGCUCAGGACAACGCUUAUAUUGUGUUAUUAAAACAAUGGCUUUUGGCAAGGCAAUCUUUCUUCCCUAAAAGUUGUGGGUGAGUGGUGAAAACCACAAUGAAGUCUAUUUUCUCCCUUUGCCACGGUGAAUGCACUGUUCUUUUAAAAUUUUAACGAAUCCUUUGAAAUUUGAAAUGCUGUGCAAAACUGCAGUAAAAAUGCCAUAAACCAGGCUCACUGUGAUUUUCUCCUUUUAAAAAAUAUUUUAAAGUAACUUUAAAACAGUAAACAGAUUAUGCUGACGGUAAGAAAAUGUAGAACAAAACAAAACAAGCAUAAAAAGAAAAUAAAAAUCAACUGUUACCACAUCACCCAGAAAUAACUAUCCACUCUUAACUUUCGGGUUGCUGUAUAUUAUUACUGAGAACUUAAACACUGAUUCAUGGUCAAGUAUAAGAAUCUAAACAAAGUGCUUUUCUCAAAAAGUGCUUGAUAAACAUUUCCUAAUAUGCAGCCCUUCUCCUUGAGGAUAGCUGGAGGCAGAUGUGUGUCAGGUCCCCAAACAGCUAAAACCCAGAAAACGUUUGAAUAAUAAGCUCUUUCCUAUAGUCUGGGCUGUUUUGGGUUUUGCUUUCCCAGAGAUAAAAGGACAUUGUAUUCUCAUUCUACAAGUUAAACUGAGACCCACAUAGCUGAGUCUUGUGACACAAUUGGAUGUCUUCACAGACAGAAAGACAAAGUAAGGAAAUCACAAAACUAUGUUUUCAUUUGUAACUCUGACAGUCAACACUCCAGGGGGUUGUAACAAUAGAUUCUCUGUUCAUCUGAGGUGCUGCUCUUAUUAAUACCGCAGUCUGUAUUUGAAAUUCAUCUACUACGUAUUGGGCACUGAAACUGUGUCAAGGCAUUGUGCAUGGCAUUUAAACAUUUACUUCAUGUAUUUGUUGCAGGAAACCUAUGAGAGUGGAUAGUACUUUAUCACGGUUUUGCAGAUAAAGAAACUAAGGCUCAGUGGAAUUACGUAAACAUGUCCUAAGUCACACACAGCUAAGGAGGUGGUGUUACUGGAUUCAAAUUUAGGCUACUUAGCAUGAAUCAAGGCAGUCACAUCAAACCGUACUGGUAGUCAAUGUAUUCUUCACCACCAAGAACAACACUCCGAUAACAACGGGAACUACCCUGGGUUCUUUUGUUUGUUGUUUUUUGGGGGUUUUUUUUGGUUGUUUGUUUGUUUUAUUUGGUCUCACUGUAAGAAUGUCCAUUGAUGAGGCAAUAAGAAUUCAUUAAAUUAAGUCUCAGUCCUUGAGUACGUGCCUUUUCAAUAUGGUGGGUGGUGAAAUGGGAAGAUGCAGGAAGCACUUUUGGAACAUACUGGAGUGUGAUGGUUGUCUCACGGUAAAGCACUUACGUGAUUGAGUUGUGAGCUUAAAACUAGAUGCUUUUUCCAGGAAGCACUUUUCUUUUCUUUUUUUAAAAGACAGACUAAAAAACUGUAGUUAUUCAGACUUGGAUAUUUGAAAUUAAAUGAAAAAAGAUAUGAAAAUGAACAAAGUAAGCCUGUCACUUCAAGGAAAACAAUUGACAAUAUUUGUUGCUGAUGAUAAAAUUCAAGCUUACAAGCAAUUUUGGAACUUUUAUCCAUCACCAUGAGCAUCAGUGGUGAUAUUAAUGAAUUUUAUUUUUUGAUAUUCAUUGUGUAAUGAAAUGUGUCAACAUUUGGGAGAUCAGCAUAACUCGGUGAACCAAUAUUUUCCAAAUGAGCAAUGCAUGAUAUUAGAAAAUCAUAAAUAGGUAAAAUAUCCAUCCCAAGUGCAAAAUAAAGAUUUUAAUCUAACAGUACAACAAUUCAUUGAUGUGAUUUCAGAUUCUACAUUGCGACUAACCUUUAAUAAACAGCCACUUGUUGGGUUUUGGUAUACUAUUAAAAAAGAAUAUCAAAAUUAUGUGAAAAGAUAAUUUUAUUAGAUAAAACUGAAAUAAUCUUAAAUUAAUGAAAUUAAAAUAAUCUAUUAAAAUAAUCUUCCCUUUUCCAACCAAAUAUCUGGAUUUUCUAUGAGGCUGGAUUUUCUGUGAGGCUGGACUUUCCUCAUAUAUAUCAAUCAACACGACACACAGUAACAGAUUGAAUGCAGAAGCUGAUAUGAGAAUUGAGCUGUAUUCUAUAAAGCCAGUCUUUAGAGAUUUGCAAAUAUAUAAAACAAUGCCAUUCUUUUCACUAUGUGUUUUGUUUUGUGAAAAUAGACAUUUUUCAUAAAAUAUGCUAUUGUGUUAACAUGUGGUAGGUAGGUUUAUUAUUUUUAAAUGAGAUAAUAUAUAUGUUUAAAUUUCUGUUGUAAAUUCCAUUAUGAUAAAUAUGGAUAAAUUCAACCCACACAGACAAAAACCCUUUGAAGUUCUUAAUAACUUUUAAGAGUGUAGAGUACUGAGACCAAAAAGUUUGAGAGUUACUGUUCUCUAACAUGUAAUUUUGACAUUUCACCAAUAGGUAUUCACCAAGUUGUUUGAAGUAUUUGCCAUUACAAAUAAAGAUGCACUAAACAGCCUUGUUUAUGUAUCCUUACAUUGUCACUUUUAUUUCAAUGAGAUAGCUUAUCAAGUUUUUAGGGGAAAGGUGUGUUUAUUUUUUUCAGUAUAUUUGUAUUAGUUACUAUUUAUUUGAUAUAUACUUAUUAGUUAUUUAAAAUGUAUCUAUGUAUUUUAAGUACAUAGAGAAACAAAGAGGAAAAAUGGGACCUACUCUAUUCACUUGAAUAAAUCGUAUAGCCAGGUUUUUUUGGGGGGGGAAUAUAUGUAUCAAGUUAGGAAAUUCAAACAGUCCAGAGAAAUAUAAAAUAAAACAAAAGUUUCAUUCUCUUCCAUUUGGUUCUAAGUU